CGCCUCUUCCAUGAGCAGAACGGGAGCGGCGGCGGCAGCGGCGGCGGCGGCGGCGGCCCCAGAGCCUCGCUUCUCUUCCCCGCCGGGUUUAUGAAUGGCCUGGCCAUGGAGGACCUGCCGUUUCAGAAAGCCAGGAAGGCGAGCAAGAAGAAGUGCCUCCGCAGCUGCGGCUCCUGCUGCUGCUGCUGCCGCCGCCGCUGCUCCGCUGCCUCCUCUCCUCCCGGGCCAGCGCCAGCAGCGGCGGGCAGCCAGAGCUGCGGCGGCGCCCCGGGAGCGGCAGCGGCCGUCGGAGGGGCGGCGGCGGCGGCGCUGCUGGACGGCGCGUCGGCGUGCGAGGAGCAGUUUUCGUGCAAGGAGCUCGAGUCGCUCUUCCAGAACUACAACCUGAAGCUGGAGCAGACGUCGACGCUGAAGGCGCUGGCCGUGCUCAUCGCGCUGACGGGCAGCCUGGCGCUGCAGGAGCUGCUGUCGGCGCCGGGACUCACCAUCUCGAAGGGCUCGCACCCGGUGCACUGCAUCAUCUUCCUCUCGCUCUUCAUCGUCACCAACGUCAAGUAUUUGCAGGUCACGCAGCUGCAGCAGAUCGUCAAGCUCACCUUGCUCUUCAGCUUCACCUUCGCCUUCCUGUGCUGCCCCUUCUCGCUGAGCGCGCACGGCGCCGAGCCGCCCAGCGCCCCCGAGCAGGGCAUGUGGCAGCUGCUGCUGGUCACCUUCCUCUCGUACGCGCUGCUGCCCGUGCGCACCCUCCUGGCCAUCGUCUUCGGCGGCGUCGUGGCCGUCUCGCACCUCAUCGUCGCGCUCACUUCGGCUAGCGCCAAGAGGCAGCCGCUCUGGAGGACGCUUGUGGCCAAUGCUAUCCUUUUUGUCAGUGUAAAUUUGUAUGGGGUCUUUGUGAGGAUUUUGACAGAGAGGGCGCAAAGAAAGGCUUUCCUUCAGGCCAGGAACUGCAUAGAGGACAGGCUGAAGCUGGAGGAUGAAAAUGAAAAACAGGAGCGACUUCUGAUGAGUCUUUUGCCCAGGAAUGUUGCCAUGGAAAUGAAGGAAGAUUUCCUGAAGCCACCUGAAAGGAUUUUCCAUAAAAUUUACAUUCAGAGACAUGACAAUGUUAGCAUAUUGUUUGCGGACAUUGUGGGAUUCACCAGUUUGGCAUCGCAAUGCACUGCUCAAGAAUUGGUGAAGCUUCUGAAUGAACUCUUUGGGAAGUUUGAUGAAUUGGCCACUGAAAAUCAUUGCAGAAGGAUAAAAAUCUUAGGGGACUGUUACUACUGUGUGUCAGGACUGACCCAGCCCAAAACAGACCACGCCCACUGCUGUGUGGAAAUGGGAUUGGAUAUGAUUGACACUAUCACAUCAGUAGCUGAAGCCACUGAAGUAGAUCUCAACAUGAGGGUCGGCCUGCACACAGGAAGGGUGCUUUGUGGUGUCCUGGGCCUUCGCAAAUGGCAGUAUGAUGUUUGGUCAAAUGAUGUGACUCUGGCUAAUGUCAUGGAGGCUGGAGGUUUGCCUGGGAAAGUGCAUAUUACAAAGACCACCUUAGAGUGCCUCAAUGGGGACUACGAGGUCGAACCAGGCUUUGGCCAUGAAAGGAACAGUUUUUUGAAGAAGCAUAAUAUUGAGACCUUUUUCAUUGUGCCAUCUCACCGGAGGAAGAUAUUUCCUGGUCUCAUUCUCUCUGACAUAAAGCCUGCCAAAAGAAUGAAGUUCAAGACUGUAUGUUAUCUGCUGGUUCAACUUAUGCAUUGUCGCAAAAUGUUCAAAGCUGAGAUCCCUUUCUCCAAUGUGAUGACUUGUGAAGACGACGACAAGAGGAGGGCAUUAAGGACAGCAUCAGAAAAACUCAGGAACCGUUCCUCUUUUUCUACAAAUGUUGUGUAUAACACUCCUGGAACUCGAGUGAAUCGAUACAUUGGCCGUUUAAUAGAGGCCCGGCAAACUGAGUCGGAGAUGGCAGACCUACAUUUUUUCACCCUGAGGUACAAACAGAUUGAGCGCGAGCAAAAAUAUCACCAGCUUCAGGAUGAAUAUUUCACCAGUGCUGUCGUCUUGUCACUGAUUCUAGCUGCCUUAUUUGGCCUCGUCUACCUUUUAAUAAUCCCACAGAGUACCAUCGUGCUUGUCCUUCUGGUGUUCUGCAUAUGCUUCCUGGUGGCAUGUAUCAUGUACCUGCAUGUCACCCGAGUACAAUGUUUUCCAGGGUGCCUGACAAUACAAAUUCGAACAAUUUUAUGUGUUUUUAUUGUAAUAUUAAUUUAUUCAGUGGCACAAGGCUGUGUGGUUGGAUGUAUGCCUUGGGUCUGGAGUACUAAUUCCAGCAGCUCCAUAGUUAUCAUUUCUGUGGGUGGGACAAAUAAGACAAUGAGUGAGCUUCCAUGUGAUGCAGCCCAUUAUGCAUUUCUCUCCUGCGUUGUGGGGACUCUGACCCUGGCAAUAUUUCUACGCGUAUCUUCCUUGCCAAAAAUGAUCCUCCUGCUUUUUGUUACAAUUUUGUACAUAGUCAUUUUGGAACUCAGCGGAUACAGAAAAGCAGUGGGGGGUGGCUCCUUUUAUAUUCGUGGCUAUGAACCCAUCUUGGCCAUCUUGCUCUUUGCCUGUGCUUUGGCACUUCAUUCCAGGCAGGUGGAUUUGAAGCUACGUCUCGACUACCUCUGGGCUAUGCAGGCAGAAGAAGAGAGAGAUGAUAUGGAAAGAGUGAAACUGGAUAACAAAAGAAUUCUCUUCAAUCUUUUGCCAGCACAUGUUGCACAGCAUUUUCUCAUGUCUAAUCCAAGGAACAUGGACCUGUAUUACCAGUCCUAUUCACAAGUGGGAGUGAUGUUUGCUUCCAUCCCAAAUUUCAACGAUUUUUACAUUGAACUGGAUGGCAAUAACAUGGGAGUUGAAUGUUUACGCCUCUUAAAUGAAAUUAUUGCAGAUUUUGAUGAGCUUAUGGACAAAGAAUAUUAUAAAGACAUUGAAAAAAUCAAGACGAUUGGCAGCACAUACAUGGCAGCUGUGGGACUUGUACCAACUACUGGCACCAAGGCAAAGAAAUCAGUUUAUUCCCAUCUCAGUACACUGGCUGAUUUUGCAGUAGAAAUGUUUGAUGUUCUCGAUGAAAUUAACUAUCAGUCUUACAAUGACUUCGUUCUUCGGGUUGGUAUUAACGUGGGCCCUGUAGUGGCUGGGGUCAUUGGUGCCAGAAGGCCGCAGUAUGAUAUCUGGGGUAACACUGUAAAUGUUGCCAGUAGAAUGGAUAGUACUGGAGUGCAAGGUAAAAUUCAGGUUACAGAAGAAGUCCAGAGGAUACUGAAGAGGUGCAGUUAUGACUUUGUAUGUCGGGGUAAAGUCAGUGUCAAAGGCAAAGGUGAAAUGCUGACCUAUUUCCUUGAGGGAAAGGCCAAUGUAAGCAAUUCGCUAACACGGUCAAUAAACUUAGAGCGGAAAAUGUACCCUUAUGGGCGAGCAAACAUUCAGACUAAACUGGGCACCAUUAGCCCAUCUAUGUCCUCGUCUCCCAGCCUUUCAGCAAAUGCCGUUGCUGGGACACUUCAAGCCCCGCCCACCCACGCCAAUCUGACGCUGCACUAUCUUCCCUCUGUGCCAGCCAUAAAAGAGGCAUGAGAACCAUGAGGAUUGUGGCUGGGCCAUUGCAGUGAUCACAGAGAGCAGAGUCACCUGGAUUUUCACAAGGAAGCUGAAGACUACAGGAUUUGGUGUCAACUAAGAUGUCUACAAUCCAACCAAAGAGAACUUGGGAACACCAUAUAUGAAUUUGUGGAUCAAAUAAGGGCUAGCAAUUCUGUUAAGAAAAGUCUACUGCUGAUUUUCUGAAGAAAAGGAAUAUUUUAUCAGCAAAUCUAAAGGGUAAAUGAAUUAUCAGAAAAAGUCAUGGUGAGACUGGCUGUGUGUGUGUGUGUGUGUGAGAGAGAGAGAGACAGAGACAGACAGGCAGGCAGGCAGGCAGGCAGACAGACAGACGGACAGAAAAUGUCAAAUUUUGGCAAAUCCUGUCAUUGGUGACUGUCAGUAUUCAUUCAGAAAACUAUAAAAGCAAUGCUGGAAAUAAUAGUGACACAGCACAGGUGAGAGAGACAUCUAAUGCACACAUCUAUAUAAAAGUAUUUAUAUAUUUCCUAUAUUAAAAUGGGAGAGGUUUAUAGUUAUAGAAAAUUGACGUCCUGCAAUGGCAAAGAGAGAGAAUGCUCUUAUAAUCAUAUCCAGUGUGGUUGCAUCUAAAAUGUCUGUAGCUGAUGUUUGAGGGAGGGCGUGUAAGGGCAAAUGAGACAUAUCCGAGGUUUAAGGAAGCAGUGUAGAGUCCCUUCGCACAACAUUUGGGGGGGGGGGACAAGAAUUUUUUGGCAAUUUAAUAUAGGAAGUAGCAAGUCCUCAGGUAAACAAAUCUAAUUCUUUAAAAUAUGUGUUUUUUCAAGUAUUUAACAAUGAGUCUUUGAUCAGGCUACAGGUCGAUUCACUGGAAUCUAUUGUAAUAAAUCAGAAUCUAGCUAUGUAAGACUUCAUCCUCACUCUAGAGAAGCAGCUGCUGCGCUCUUAAGGGGUGGUCUGUGUGACUGGAGCUUCCAGGUGAUUUCUGGGCUAAGCCUAACUUGCCUCUGGAUAAAUGCUGCAAAGUGGCAGGCCCAGGAAUGCCAAGAGAGUCUUAAGGGAGGGUUUAUGCCUUUUCAGCAGGUCAAACAGCUGGCCAUUGGUACAGUCUUUCAUUGGAAGCAUUUGCCAACAUAUGCAUUUAGGUGAUUCAGUUCCACUGAAUAGGAGAAUUCUGCUCAUGAACAGAAUUUGGAACAUUUGGAUCUCUCCAUAUUGUUUGAUGCCAGAGUUUUGCAGAACUCUGUUUCUGCGCAAGGGUUCCUCUCACCUGCCAUCUGGAGAUUCUCACUGGCAAACUUGGAGUGGAGACUUCAUUUGUUUGUUUUUUAGAUCAGAUGUUUAACCUGAUAUUUUCAUUGGGUGACUCAAUAAUGUACCAGCACAUCUUUUUGCACAAUAUUGAUCCGGGUGUCUUGAAUGGAAGUAAUAUCUUUUCAUAAUAACAUUGCAAAUUUGACCUAUUUAGGGGAAUGUCAGCCCACAGGAUGGGUUGUGUAUGUUUGUGUGUUGCACAUGGAUGCAUACUUUACCCAUUUUCUGAUCUCAUGAGUAUUACUUCAUGCCAUUGGGUGCGGCUCACCUGGGAAGCCCUAUUAAUACGAGAGAGAUUUGCACAAGAGCAAAAGUUCUCCUUUGCAGCUCACACUUAUUGCCACAGUACCCAUGCUUGGCCUGUUUUUGCGCUUGCUCUUCAGUAAGAUGGUUGCAGUAGAUCAAAUACCAGCAGGAGGUGCAAGGUCUGGGAGCCCAGAACCAGCUUCCCUGCUAAAGUGUGACUAGAGAGUGAUUUGGAAACAGCAAGGGGAAGGGGCUCAACCCUUACCUUGCCCAGUGCCAAUUUCUCCUGAGCCAGCUUUCCCUUGCUAGAGUCCGUUUUCCCCAGCGGACAACCUGGCAAGGAGAAUAUCCAGAGGUUGUUGUUUAUAUUUCCUCCUCCCCUGAACUGCAUUUGUCUUAAUCCCCAUCAGCAUUACGGUACUUACAGGAACUAUAGUCUGGUUAGAAACAACUACCACUUUCUUUUUUUACUGUGAGGAAAUGCCUCAUGUUGUAGUUUGGCACAUCUCAAGAACAGCUACAUGAAACAACCUUUGGGAAACUUUCUUAAUUGACUUUUAGUGAGUUAUUUCUUGUAUGCACAGGAAGUUGGAAGCAACAAUGUGCUAAAACCAGUAGAAUUCUAGCUAAAGCUGCUAAAAGAUGUUGGAGAGCUUGGUGCAAUAAUUUGGUGUCUCAAAAUAGUCUAGGGGCACCACCAAACUGCUCUCUUGCCUGGUUUCCAUUCAUUUCAUUGGAGCUUUUCCAGAAGUUCUGGGUGAAUCCACAGCUUUUGCCCACUUUUAGAACAGUCAUUUCAGUCUGGUCAUCAUCUUGUUCAUCUUAAUUUCAAAAUGCGUACGUCACUAUUGCUAGCACAAACAGACUUCUGAAGUGGCUUAUAACAAUUGGAUAGAACGACUGACACCUGUUUCAUUGAGCUCUACGAUGGGGUGUGUGAAUAUCUGGUCCCCCAGAUGCUGGUGGACUGCAACUGACCUCAUCGCUGGCCAUUGGCUAGGCUGGCUCAGGGGAGUCCAUGUUCCACAUCCGUGAUCUAGGACAUGACAACUGUUACCUGGGGGUUAAUACGAAGAUCUGUUGUCAAAUCAAGUCUUAGUUCCAUUGAGCCAAUAUCACACCUCUGACAUUAUUUAAAAUUGUUAUAUGGUGGAUUUGGGGGAGCAAACAUUUUCACUUCAAAAAAGGUUAAUUUGUCGUCAUCGCCCCCCCACAAAAAUAUGUUUCCUUUUCUCCCCAGUUUGGAAUAAAUUCCCCCCUUGGGUCAAAGAUUUUAUGGGGGAAGUGUAGAACUUCACAUUGAUAGUGCAGGGGAACGGGAUAGUAAUUCAGAGCAGCCAAGACACUACAGAUCACAGGCAACAGAAGAUAGACUCUGUCUAUACAGUAUAUAUCUUUACACACAAAUGCUAGAAGCCUCUCAGCCAAGAUGUUCUUAAGAGGAUGGCAUUAAUGUAGAACAUGUCUCUCUCUGGAUAUGAGCUCCCUAGGAUGUGCAGGUGGUGUUGCUCAGUCCCUCAAAGAGGGCAUGAAAUCCAGCGAGGGGUAGGAAAUGUUGCUGUGGCAAGUCUUCCACUACUCUCAUGUAGGUGGGGCAUUCAUCUGUUCCAGUCACAACAAAGCAGUGACAUUCCUCUCAUUGCACUGCUGACUUCUUUCUUUUUUUCUGUUCUUUUUUUUAAAAAAGAAUAAUUUUCAUACAAUGCAUAACAAUAUAACAUUAUUGUAUAUAGUUCCUGUAAAGGCUUACAUAACAAAAACUUACAUAACAAAGUCCAUUUUUCUCCCCGAAUCCUUCCCCCUCCCUUCCCACCCUCUUCCCUGGUCAGGCCUUCCUUCUUCAGAUUUUUAGCCGUGUACACAGUCUAUUCAUUCGUGCUUGUAUAUUCGGGUUGGCUUCCCCCCUUUCUAGCCAGUUCCUGUAAAAUGCCCACUUAUUUGUGAUUUUUUUUGGCAUUUAUUUCCCCAUCUAUCCUCUACCAUUAUCUGUGCAAAUAUUUCUGAUUGCACGUAUUCAAAAACAUAGUCAUUCCAUUUUUCCAUAUUCCAUUUAGUUUUUUCUUUCCAUCUUCCAUCCUAGAGCAACUGCCAUUCCAGCUAAAAUCAUGAUCUUAUACAGCUCUUGGUUAUUAGUUUUUACUUUAUUAUUUCCCAGUAUUCCCCAAAAUAGCAAGUCCCUAUUAAUUUUUAUGUUCAUUUGGAAUAGUCCAGAAAUUACCUUUAUGAUCUUUUGCCAAUAUUCCUUAACCAAGUUGCAUUCCCAGCACAUGUGUGAGUAUAGUCCUUUUUCACGACCGCAAUGCCAGCAUUUGGGGCUAAACCAGGCACCCCCAAACUUUGGCCCUCCAGAUGUUUUGGACUACAAUUCCCAUCUUCCCCGACCACUGGUCCUGUUAGCUAGGGAUCAUGGGAGUUGUAGGCCAAAACAUCUGGAGGGCCGCAGUUUGGGGAUGCCUGGGCUAAACCCUUUCACUAUAUACACCAUUUGUGCCGAUGUUCUAUACCAUUUUAGUAAAAAAAACUUCUACUUAAUUCCUUAUACUUUCCUAUUUUAAUAUUGUUUAUAUUCUUCAUCAUUUCUUCUACUGUGUUUAAAUGGAUCGUACCUUCCUGCUCCCAUUUGAUCUGGAUUAUCCUUGCCAUUCUGUCUUGUUUAUAUAUCAGCCCUGCUAUCCCUUUCUCUGUUAUUUGUCUUUUGUUUAACACCAUAUCUAUUUUCAUUUCUGUCCUCAUUGUAUCAAUUUUUCCUCAAUUUGUAAAAUCCCUGGUCUUCUAAUUUAUUCCACCAUCCGGAUUCCCUUUGACCCUUCUGCAUAUAUUUUAAUAGCAUCCACCUUGAAUAUAAUGGCAUCCAUUCCAUGUUCCAUUUUUUCCAAAUUCCUAACCCAGUUUUUCUUGGGCCUAUUGUCUUCUUCCAAGCCGUGUUGAUGUCUCUAUUAAAUAUCCCUUCUCUUCCUAUUCCUUCGUUUAUUUCGUUCUCCAGCCUGAUCCAUUUAAUCCCAUCUUUAUAUCCAAUAUCUAUUAAGUUUUUUAAUUGGAAUGUUUCAAAAUAAAGUUCUAAGUUCGGUAUUCCCCAUCCCCUCUCAUCUUGCGGUGCAUAAUUUACUAUGUCUGGGGUUCUCACUCUUUUGCUCCCAAAUAUCCAAUUUUUAAAUGCCUUAUUCCAUGUUUUAAACCGUAUUUUCCUGAUGGGUAGUGGAAUUACUUGAAAUAAGUAUAACAAUUUCGGUACUAGAAACAUUUUCACUGCUCUCACCCUCCCUAGGGUGGAUAAAUUCUUAUGUUUCCAUGAUUUUAUAUCCUUCUUAAUCUUUCUCCAAGCUUCUUUGAAUUUACAUCUGGGAUCCUUGCAAUAUUUUUAAUAAUGUUUACCCCCAAGUAUUUAAAUUUUUCCCUGUUGAUAUCCAUCCUUGUCAUUUUUGCAAUUUCCUUCUUCUCCUCUUACAUCCCAAAAUAAAAUUUCCAACUUCUCCAAGUUUACUCCCAAUCCCGACUCCUCUUUAAAGUCCUUUAGGAUUAUCAUAGGUUCUCUUAUACCCUUGAGGGGGUUGGUAAAUAAUAACAGGAUAUCAUCCGCAUACAUGUUUAACUUAAUUUCUUCCUUCCCUUUCUUGUAUCCUUUUAUCCUUACAGAGUUUCGUAUCCUGUCUGCCAGAUACUCCAUCCGCAAUACAAAUAGCAGUGGUGAGAGUGAACAUCCUUGCUUAACUCCUCUUUGUAUAUUGAUUGAACUGAAACCCCCUCAUUCACACUGACUACUGCCUUCCCUUCUCUAUACAAUUCUCGAAUUGCUUCCACAAAAUUCUCUCCUAAUCCUACCUCCCGCAUGAUAUUCCACAUAUACACAUCCAAUUUUAAGACCACCAAUUUUAAGGCCUUUGUCCCUACUUGUUAGCACAUUUAGGACAUUUCUUAUAGGAUGGUCUCUGUGUCUACCCUUGACAAAUCCAUAUUGAUCUUCCUUAAUUAUUUUGGGUAGUACCUGUUCCAGUCGUCUUGCCAGGAUCUUAGUAAAUAUCUUAAAGUCUUGAUUUAAUAAGCUGAUUGGUCUGUAUGACCCCACCUCUGUAGGGUCCUUUUGUGGUUUUUCAAUCACUACUAUUUCAGCUAGUUUCCAGGUGUCUGGGGCUUUCCCCCCUUCUAAGAUAUUGUUGAAUACUUUUUUUUUCAUUUCUGAACCCAGGAUAUCAAUUGUUUCCUUAUAAAAGUCUACAGUGACUUCUUACUCUUGAAUGAUUUCACUACGUUCUCUAUUUCUUCCAAUGAUAUUUCCUCCUUCAGUCUUAAUCUAUCACUUUCUUCAAUUUUAGACUCCAAGCUUUCCCUACUAAUAUUUUUAUUUUCUUCUUUAUAUAGAGAUUGAUAAAACUCUGCAAAUUCUUCCCUUAUUUCUUGAGAGCUUUGUGGGAGUACAUUCCUGCUGACUUCUUUCUUCACUAUAUAAAUGAUGAACUUACUUGUACUAUUUCUUUCUCCAUUUGGAGAUUUAUAACUCGGUGAGAGCAAGAAAAUGUGGUCCUGUUCCCGUCCCGUCCCGUCCCGUCCCAUCCCUCCCCCUCCGCCCCAGUUCAGGGCAUGAUGCAUAAUUAUUAAAGUUGAAGAAUUCUGCUGCAGGGAACUAUACCAAUACCUUUUGUUUUGUUAGGAAUUUGUGGGUUUAAAACUUGGCUUUGGGCACAUGUCAUGGAUGGCAUAGAAAACAUAUCAGCUAGGAAGCUAGACAAUAACAAGAUCAAAACAACAUCACCAGGCUCCACCCAGUCAAACUACCGAAUGGCACUGGCUUAGUGGUGGGGCACCUUUUCUGGUGAGGAGACCCUACCUCCAGUUGUUGGAGGUCCAAAGAGCAGCACUGGCCUGUUGGAAAGCCCUUUUGCAAACAGCUCCCCGUGGAACCUAUGAAAACCAGAGGUUUCAAGAGCAGCAUGAGGCUCUUUGCAAAAGGGCUGGCCAUUGGCUGCAUGUACCUGAUCCCAGCAGGAGAACUGAGCAGGAUGUAACCAGUUAAUCAGCAGUGGUUAAAUCCUGCUGCUUUGACUACAUGUAUCAGUUCCCAGCUGGGAAAGUUGUGCUCGCAGCUGACACAGAAUCAAGCCCCACCCCCACCCAUCAGUUGUCAUUGCAGCCCCCAUCCAAGUGAUUGGCAGGUGGGCAUGGCUUAAAUUUUUAGAGGCCCUGAGGGGCAAAACUGACACCCACCCACCCACGCACCCUUAAUGGAUCAAGACUCCUCACAAAGUGGCAUGAAAAUGUUUGCUUCCCCCAUUUGGCUCAUUUCUAAUGGGAAAGAUGACUUGGUGUGUGUGUGCUUCUCCGGUCCAUGUCCUAAGAGAAAGCUUGUAAUGCCUCAUAAAGGAGCUGGUUCUUUCCUGCAGUGCAUGGAUGUGAUUCCCAUUUUAAUGAAGUCAGAGCAAAUAGAUUCAUAAUGAGAGCAGCCAUCUUCAUUGAAUAUGGAAUCAUGUGAGCUGCUGUUUUAAAAUACUGUCAUUUGGCAAGCUAUUUAUUAGGGGUCUGUCAAUAGCAAGCACAAUAUUUCACAUGAGUUGCACAAUUUUUCUCUUAAUAAGGUAUUUGUAAUAAUUAAAAGUCUUUCAUUGGAGGUCUUUGGGGAAACUAAUUGCAAACAUUCCUGUGGUAACUUUUUUGUAUUCUUAUCUUGGAGAUUCUGAACAGACAUUGAGUUGCAUUAUUAGUUAAGUACUUGCACAUUUGAAUCAGCCACACAUUAAAAAAGAAAAUGAUUCCAGUGCUGGGGAUAUUGAGGAUUAAGUUUUGAUUCCAAGGAGUUCCAAAAUCUGCUGUUGGUCUUAUAUUUGAAUGGUGAGAGUAUGCAUUAAAGGCAGGUUUGGGUUCACAUCUUCUGCCUUGACAAUACAGAUGAGGAAAUAACGCGAGGAAAUAACAGUGUUAUUUAGAAAGCCUAUGGUGUGUGCCAUGCCAUCCGCCUCAGAGGCCAGGCUCACACACAAGCUCCUCAAAGCUCUUGUGCAUGUAAUGGAGGAGGGUGUGUGCCUUCCUUCCCCACUGGGUAGGGGAAGCAGUAUGAGAAAGAAGAGCAUUGUCUGGGCCCAUCCACAUGUCGGCUCCCUUUGUGCACAGCUUCCACCUCGCCACCUCUUAAUAGCACAAAUUGCACCUUGGCUUAAGCACUCAUGUUGUACAUUACAUGAGUAAUCAUGUGGUAAUCAAUCCUUAUUGUUGUUUAGCCCUAGGCUAUUCCAAGUUAAUGGUAAACAAAUGGGAUCUAUACUUCUAAACGUAUAAAGAGCAAAAGACUGAUAUGACAAACCAGGUCUCCCACAAGAGCCAAUAACAUGUGUAAAACAUAACCCAAGUGUAUAAUUACAUAAUGCCCAGCAUCUAUUCGCAUGGUGUGUGUGUGCGUGUGUGUGUGUGUGUGCGCUAUACAAUCUCAUUCUGCCACCACAUAAAUAGAGCCCCAUUUAUGUGAAUUGGUCCUAAGUACAGUGGCCCCUUGGUUCUCAAAUUUAAUAUGUUCUGAAGUCCGUUCCAAAACCAAGGCAUUCCAAAACCAAGGCACGCUUUCCCAUAGAAAAUAAUGCAAAACAGAUUAAUCCAUUCCAGACUUUAAAAAACAACCCUUAAAAAAUUAACAUGAAUUUUACUAUCUAACAAGACCAUUAAUCCAUAAAUUAAAGCAAUAAUAAAUGUACUGCCCUAUAAAAUAAAUAAGACAGUAUUGUAGAUGAUAAAAAUUAAAAUUAUUUUUUUUCUUACCUGCACUGAUGAUAGUCAUUGUUUGGGUGGCGGGCUUUUAUCCAUUUCUGCAGUCACACAAUCAAUCAAUCAAUCAAUCAAUAAAUAGCUGAACUGGGUUCCACACAGUCACAAAAAGAAAUAAACCGGAAAAGCUUCAAAAACAAAAACACAAAAUAAAUAUCAAAAACAAAAGCGCCAAACAAAAACAAAAGCGCCAAACAAAAACAAAAGCGCCAGAACAAAAGCGUUCUGGAAGUCCGUUUGACUUCCGAAAUGUUUGAAAACCAAGGCGCAGCUUCUGAUUGGUGCAAGUGCCCUGGAAACAAUAGCCGACAGCUGCAUUGGACGUUUGGCUUCCGAAAAAUGUUCAAAAACCGAAACACGUACUUCUGGCUUUUCAGCGUUUGGGAACCAAGGUGUUUGAGAACCAAGGUACCACUGUAGGUGAAGUAAGCCCCCCCCCCUGCAUUUAAAGCACCAUAGUGUCCCUUUAAACAGUCAUGGUGCUGAGAGUUCUUAGGACCCACCCCCUGCUAAUUUACAAUUCCCAGUGUGCUUCCACAACCCCCCUUCAGGAAAUAAAUUGUAGCUCUUGGGGAGCAUGGAAUAGGGGUCUCAUACCAACUCCCAGCACCCGUAACAAACUACAGUUCCCACAAUUCUUUUGGGGAAGCCUUGGCUGCUUAAAGUGGUAUCCUAGCAGUUGCAUGGUUGUGACUCUACAAUCCAGUCUCAAUCGCUGUCACUCGUUCAAUUGCUUGACUUUAGUUAGUGUAUGUACCAAUUUGAGCAAGACUCUAAGGGUACAAAAUGCAUGUGAAAUGGAGUGCAAUGCCUCCACGGGAAGUUCCUGCACUGCACUGCCCCCAAGUCCAAUCUUUGGAUGUAAUGUUCACAUCACAGAAUCAAAUAGAAUGCGAAUAGGACACACACAUGCACACACACACACACACACACACACACACACACACACACACACACACACACAAGAAAGGCUUGGAGAGGAAACUUCCAUUGCCUUGAACUCAGAGCAAAACUGGAUCUCUAAUCACAUAAAAUGGUAACCAAAUCAAAAUAAGGGAUCUGUCCAGAUCAAGUGAAGUACCACUUUUUUCUACCCUGGUGAGACCCCAACUGGAGUCCUGUGUCCAGUUCUGGGCACCACAAUUUAAGGUGGACUUGGACAAACUGGAACAUGUGCAGAGAGUGACAAAGAUGAUCAGGGGUCUGGAAACCAAGCCUUAUGAGGAACAGUUGAAGGGGUUUGGGAGAGAAGACUAGGAGGUUAUGGAUUGUGGACUCUCCUUCCUUGGAGGUUUUCAAGCAGAGGCUGGAUGGCCAUCUGUCAUGGAUACUUUAGUUGAGAUUCCUGCAUUGCAGGGGGUUGGACUAGAUGACCUCCGGGGUCCCUUCCACCCUAUGGACCCAAAGUUUUAAUGUCUCAGGUCCCUGAACUGCAUUGGCGUAGGGCAGCAGUGGGGAAGCUCCUGUUUGUGGGACUAGGUGGGCUCAGUGGGGUCUUCAUUCCACACUCUCCUUCUGUGCAAUAAGCUGAUCCUCAUCCCUUGCAGGCCCAUUGCCUUUGCAGUGGUGGUUUGAUUGCUGGGCAAAGGCAUGCAUUGAUUUCUAACCACAUGGGCAAAGGAAAACAUGGCUCAAGUGACUGGCAGCCUCAGGGCACCUGGGAAGCACCUCCUACCCCUAGCCUAGGGGCACGAGACCCCCGUGUGCGGUAAUUGUUCAGUGGACCUUAUUUGUGUUCAGAGCUGCACAUUUAGGGUUUAUGGGUAUGGGAUGUCAUGCCUGGGAGGCCCUGUGCAAAUGUUGCCUUCAAUGCCUGGACCUACGCCCCACCCAGAGGCAAUAAGCCCAUUCAAGCGGGGCAGGGCAGGAGCAGCUCCAGUUUCUCACUGUACAUGCUCUCUGUACUCUUAAGAGUCUCAUCUGAACCAGCCUUAAAACAUUAACCCAGCAUUAGGAAUCCAAAUUCUUUUUCAUUUCCAGUCCUAACCAGAGGACUAUUUAGCCAUAAAUAUUCUUUCAAGUUACAGUUUUAUAUUGUAGUGGCAAGUAACUUUUCAAAUUUAAAAUAAAACUGUAUUAUAACGCCUUAUUUAUUUUUAAUCUUGUACACUAUUACAUAUUGGCCUUUCAUGUAGUCUUAUUAAUUAAUAUUUUAUUUAAAGGAUGUAUGAAAUUUUGUAAAUACUCUUAGCUAUGACAAGUUUGUUGCAUGUAAACUACGAGUCUUUAAAAAGGCACACUUUUAACAGAUGCUAAUGGGUUUUUUUGUAAACAGAGGUUUUACCUGUGCAUGAAGUUUAUAAACACUUUUGCUUCUCUUCUGCAACCUACUUACUGCAUGCCACUCAUGCCUGACUUCAGUUUUUUUUUUAAAGUGAAAGAGUAAGUAUCUUUCUAGAUGUUUUUGACAUAUCAGUUUAACACAUUGUUUCUAAGGCACUACUAGUUGCAUGUGUAUACUGCAAAGCAAACGUAAAAUUACAAAGCAACACCACCUGCAAUGUUCUGCCAACCUCAGUGUUGCUCUGUCUACAGUAUACAGUAUCUAAAAUGUGCUCUCAGCAUCUAUGCUACCUUUGUUUAUUAGAAGCAAUAAACUAAACUCCAUAUACUGUUGUGUGUGUGCGUGUGUGUGUGCGUGUGUGUGUAUGUGUAUAUGUAUAUAUACACAUACACACAUACACAUUCAGUACUGAUUGUUAUCUUGUUUGACUUGAUGGUAUAAGUAAAUGUUUGAUUGAUUUUGGGAAAUCCCCAAAUGCCAGAGCACACAAUUGUCUCUGUCUGUAGUCAUGAGGCUGCUUUGGGGUCUGCCCCCACGUCUGCUGGUCCCGUGCCUAGGAAGCCUGGGUUCAACUGCUCCUUUCCCAAGGAAAACCUGCUCUUGAGGGAUAGACCAGAACAAAUGGCAGUUGGGGAGAUGGGGACCCCAAUUGCCAUUUUGCUCCACUUGAGUGAUAAAGAGCGGUUUGCCUCAGGGUGAGAAGCAGUGGGACAAGAGGAUGUGUGGGUGAAGCCUUGGACUGAGACCACUGUUUUGUCUAUCCCAAACACUCUCAUUGGCAGCAAUUCCCCCAAGUUCUCAAGCAGGAGUCUUUUCUCGUGCUGCUCCCUCGGCCCUUCAAGUUAGGAAUUUUGGAUCAAAUGAAGCUGACCUGCAGCAGGUCAGGUCAUUCACUUCAAUGUUUGGCAGCAGCCUCCGAUUCCCCCCAGCUCUGCUACCUACAUUUACCUGGAGAUGUCAAGGAUUGCACCUGGUAGCCUCUGCAUGCAAUGCAUGGACUCUACCACUAAGCUAUGGGCUUCCCCCCACCCCCAUGGAAAGAUGGCGAGUUUGCCCUCCAAGGCUGUGGGCCUUGCAGGUCCUGCAAGACGGACCUUGAGGUAGGAAGGUCAAGGUCUUAGUUCCAUCAAGCUGCAAGCAGGCAGAACUGCAUUGAAGAAAAUGGGGAGGGGGAGAAAUAGCUCCAUUUAAGUUACCCAAAUGCUUGUGUAAGUGGUAAUAAUUGUUACUAGUUGUUGUAUCCGCGAUACAAAAUAUAUGAAGAAAUUGUUUUCGGAUGUUAUAGAUUGCUGAAUAUACUUUUGAGUCAAUGCCUUAUUUCUUUGAUUCAUACAGUUCCAAAAUGAACUGUGGUACCAAAAAUGAAGCGCUGUGCUGAACUGGGGGGUUUAAAAAUAAUACCAGAUUUUCAUUUUGCCUUUUCUUUCCUUUGCUUUCUGGGAGUUUUCUAAAUAAACUUCAGGACUUCAAUCUCAGUCAUGCUUCUGAACAUGUAUGUCUCAGUAAGUGGGCAUGCUAUAGUCCCAAGCACUUCCAGUUAAACCAGAAACAACACUUCCAGUUAUUGCUCCUGAGGUUCCUCCUAAUGUCAUUUACAAUGAUAAUAUGAUAGCAGGAUGUCCUGAUGAACAAAAUUUUGCUAUUCAAAAGUUGUCAUUCAUUUUCUUACAAGGAGGGUUU